UAACUGACUGGUAUCCAAAUAUGACGCGCGAUUCGGAGCAAUCCAUUGAUCCAGGUAGAAGUUGGUCACUAACAUUCAAUAAUUCAUUAGAUCAUUCAACAAUUAAUAAGUCAUUAUUCAAAUUUGAGCCAGAAGUCAACAGUUUAGGUAUUGAACAUACGAAAGACAAUGAUCAACAAAUAAUAAUACAUAACAAUUCUGAACCAAAUACUGUUUAUACACUGUUUAUACAAUCAGAAACAUUGAAAGAUAUUUAUGGUCAAAUAUUACGACAUAAUAAUUCAGAUAAUUUAAUUCAAUUUCGCGUACAUGAUUCAGCAGUAAUUGGAGAUAUAUCGGGUGCAACAGGUGUGAUUAUAAUGGAUCCAGGUGUAUUAGAUGAUCCAUUUUAUCAAUUUAUGGUUUAUAAUUAUUCAGAAUUGACACUUCGCAUAAAUCAAGUGAAACCAGAACAUUAUCAACCAGAUUUACCAUGUUUGAGGUCAUAUUAUUACAUUUAUGAAGAUCAAGAAUGGUAUAAUAAACUACCUGGAGAAGAAUUUGUAAAUGAAGUUAUUCUAACAAACUGUACACCCAAUGAGCCCAAAGAGAUAAAAAUUCCGUUGAAACCAUAUUUGAAUAAAAAAUCCAACACCGGUCAAUUAAUUGUAUUAAUUGAACCGACGCAAAAAUCAUGGAAUGAAUGCCAAAGUGGAGAUUGGCAAUAUAGAACAGUUCUAUCAGCCUGGUUGCAAUGCACACGAUUAGCAGUCGGCAUGUUUUUUUCUCCAGGUAGUUAUAUUUUAAAAGUAAAGCAGAUAACAUGGUAUGAAAUGUUCGUCCCCAUAUGCAGCUGUUCAGCGGGUGCAUCAAUUUCAGGUAUAGAAAAUUCAUGGUACGAUAAGGUGCUCCAAAUUCAAAAUUAUAGCACUAUUUUAUUUUUGGCUUAAUCAUACAUCAUUCGAUAGGGAAUUUAACGCUGAUCAAGAGUAUCUGGUCUUUAGCCUUCCCAGUUCACAUUAUCAGUGAAAACAAUUCAAAAAACUUGAACGAUCUUUUUUUCGAAAAAUCAUUAACUUUUUUUAAAAACUGAAUAACUUGGUUCCGCCCUAUUUUGAAGCCGUGAAACUAUGUUUUUCUUAUUCAGCUCUGAAAACUGCAUCUAGAAAACUGUAUUUGAAGGUUCAACACCAAAAAAUAUUUGCUCGGCGCGAAACGGGACCGAUAAAUCUUCAGUUUCGAGACCCUCAUCUUGCAAACCUAUCGCAGCUC